GGACGGGGGAGCCUAGUGGGCUGCCACCUUGGGGUCGCACAGAGUCGGACAGGACUGAAGCGACUUAGCAGAAGAGCAGCAGCAAGAUGGUUCAUAAUAAGGCCUCUCUUCUUGCUUUAGCUUCUGCACUCCAGAUUUUUGGCUGCCAUCCUGAUUUAUUUAACAUCAGCUCAUUGUCAAGCUCCUUCUCCCCAUUCCUCCUGGGGUUUGCACAAGUUGCUCUCUUUGCCAAGCAAAAUUUUCCCCACUCCCAUACUCCUUGACUAAGUUCUUUGGUUCUUACAAGACUUAAGGAAGGAUGAGGCAUCAUUUGGCAAAGGUCAUUUGCCUAAUGACCUUUGCCUAAUACUGUCCAGGGUACCAGCUGGGAAAUGGGAAGCUGGAAUGGAGGAACGGUGUCCUUAGAGACCACGUUUUUAAAAAGAAUUCACCGUAUUUCCCUAGCAUUCAGCACAGUAAGUGCUAAAUUCUCUUAAACUAUGUGUUAAAAAUAUGUGGUGAAAUGCAGCCCUUUCAGGCAGGCCACAGCCGAAGUUUCUUCCGCUGCUUUGGCUUUCCUGUCACAACCGGAGGACUAUUCUCAGCCAGGACUCCGAGGCCGCUCUCAUUCCCGUAACCUCUCGGGUGCAUCUGAAGCCUAAACUGCGUUCCCUCAGAGGUUCAUCUACGUCUGACCUGUCUGGCCCCUGAAGAAGAGAAUUCGCCUCAGAAACGGGCCGUGCGAAGGAAGAGCGUGCGAGGCACACUAGUUCAAAGCCAGACGGCCAGCAAUGGACAUGCGGGGGCUUGGUGACAUGGGUCUCUCAGGUCGUCCUCAGACCCAGCCCCCGCGGAGUGUGUCAAGGCCUGAGCAUGAGUCGUCCGCUUCGCCUCAGAGAAAAGAGCAGGGCCUCUCGCCGCCGGCAGCGGGAAAUCUCGCCUCGCGCGGGCUCCCGCGGGCUCCCACCCGCCUUUGCGCGCCCGCGGCCCUGGCCGACUAAGAGGCGGGAAGCCUGGUCCCGCCCCCAAGCUCCGGGGCGGGGCGUGACCGCUGCAGGCUCCGCCCACGCGGCGCGCACGGCCCCACGGCAACCGGCACAACACAACAAAAUGGCUGCUGCGCCGCUGGGCGCCUGAAGGGAACUGCCGGCACCUCUCCGCUCGGCCUCGCUCUUUCGUGGUUUUGAUGGAUACCUGGCUUUAUUCUUGCAAUGAAGAAAGGUCCUCAGCAAAAAAUUUCCAAAACAAAGAUGCCACCAUCAUCUCACUCUCCUAGUCCAUCAUCUCUUACGUCCAAUAUGAGAUCUAGGUCACUUUCACCUUUAAACGGAUCUGAGACUCUGCCUUUUCAUUCUGGAAGACAGUGGUAUGGGCAAGUCGAGAUUAUAGGUGAAAACUCUAUGCUUUUGGACUACCAUGACCAGAAAGAAGCUGAUUCACAUGCAGGAGUUCGAUAUAUUACAGAAGCCCUUGUUAAAAAACUUACUAAACAGGAAAAUUUGACCUUGGUAAAAUCUCUGAACCUUUCACUUUCCAAAGAUGGUGGCAAGAAAUUUAAGUAUAUCGAAAAUUUGGAAAAAUGUACUAAGCUUGAAAUACUGAAUCUCAGCCAUAAUCUCAUAGGGAAGAUUGAGAAGGUGGACAAGCUGUUAAAGUUACGUGAACUCAACCUAUCAUAUAACAAAAUCUGCAAAAUUGAAGGCAUAGAAAAUAUGCACAAUCUACAAAAGCUGAACCUUGCAGGAAAUGAAAUUGAGCAUAUUCCAGCGUGGUUAGGGAAGAAGUUAAAAUGUUUGCGAGUCCUCAAUCUGAAAGCCAACAAGAUAUCAUCGCUCCAAGAUGUAAGCAAAUUGAAACCACUUCAAGAUUUGACUUCUCUGAUCCUAGCUGAAAAUCCAGUUGUGACCCUUCCCCAUUACCUUCAGUUCACCAUUUUUCACCUCCGAUCACUGGAAAGUUUGGAAGGUCAGCCAGUAACCACUCAGGACAGGCAAGAAGCUUUUGAGAGAUUCAGUUUAGAAGAGGUAGAAAGACUGGAAAGAGACCUGGAGAAGAAGAUGAUGGAAACUGAAGAGCUUAAAAGCAAACAAGCACAGUUCCUUGAAGAAAUUAAAAAUCAAGAUAAGUUGAACAGAUCAUUAAAAGAGGAGGCUAUGCUACAAAAACAGAGCUGUGAGGAGCUCGAGAGUAACCUUAACACGAAAAAUGAACUGCCCUUGUCUCGGUUUCUUGCGGACCCUUGUCUGCCGAUUCUUUAUUCUUCCUUAAAGCUAAGACAGAAGACCAUGGAACUAACGCGAGCAUGUCAAAAACAGUAUGAACUGGAACAGGAGUUGGCUUUUUACAAAAUCGAUGCUAAAUUUGAGCCACUGAAUUAUUAUCCCUCAGAGUAUGUUGACGUUGAUAAAGCCCCAGAUGAAAGCCCUUACAUUGGCAAGUCCAGAUACAAGAGAAAUAUGUUCGCCACAGAGAGUUACAUUGUGAAUAAUGCCCAGCCAGUUGAGAUCAAGAGGAUGGAGCCAGAGGAAGGGGAGCAACUUAGAAACGAGCAUGUGAGCUUGAAAGCCCAUAUGCCACUGGACACGGAGCUGGAAGACAAAGAGAACAAAAUAAGUACAGCACAAGCUCGACUAUCAGAACUGCAUGAUGAAAUAGAAAAGGCAGAACAACAAAUUUUAAGAGCCACUGAAGAAUUUAAACAACUGGAAGAAGCUGUACAACUUAAAAAGAUUUCAGAAGCAGAGAAAGACUUUCUUCUCAAGCAGCUGAGUGGCAGGAUACAGCUUCUAAAUAAAUUACGCCAGGAAGCUCUUGAUCUAGAAAUGCAGAUGGAAAAGCAAAGAGGAGAAAUUGCUGAAAAGCAGGAGGAAAUCAAGGACCUCCAAAGAGUUAUUGAUAGUCUGGAUUCCAAAGACCCAAAACAUUGCCAUUUGAAGGCUCAGAAAAGGGGUAAAGAACAACAAUUUGACAUUAUGAACAAGCAGUACAAACAACUUGAGAGCCGUUUGGACGAGAUACUUUCUAGAAUUGCUAAAGAAACUGAAGAGAUUAAGGACCUUGAACAACAGCUUACUGAAGGCCAGAUAGCAGCAAAUGAAGCCCUGAAGAAGGACUUAGAAGGCGUCAUCAGUGGCCUGCAAGAAUACCUGGGCACUGUGAAGGGCCAGGCCGCUCAGGCCCAGAGCGAGUGCAGAAGGCUGCAGGAUGAGAAAGAGGCGCUGCUGCAGAGGUUGGCCGAGGUCGAGCAGGAAAGGGACCAGCUGGAAGCAGUCGCCUUAGAUGCAGAAGCUAUGAGGAAGGAGCUUGCAGAGCUAGAAAGCGCCCUCCAAGAGCAGCAUGAGGUGAACGCGUCCCUGCAGCAGACCCACGGAGACCUCAGUGCCUACGAGGCUGAGCUAGAGGCACAGCUGAGGAUGAGGGAUGCCGAAGCCAGCCAGCUCAAAGAAGAGCUGGGAGAACUAACAAGGCUCAGCCAGCUAGAACAGUCAACUCUACAAACAGAACUUGAGAAAGAAAAACAAGCCCUCAAGAACGCCCUGGGAAAAGCCCAGCUCUCGGAAGAAAAAGAACAAGAAAACAGUGAGCUCCGCACCCAGCUUAAACAGCUACAGGAUGACAAUAACCUGUUAAAACAGCAACUUAAAGAUUUCCAGAAUCACCUUAAUCAGGUAGCUGAUGGUCUGAUUCGUCCAGAAGAAGUGGCAGCUCGUGUAGAUGAAGUAAGGAGAAAAUUGAAAUCAGGCGCUGGAGAGAUGAGCAGAAUCCACAGUCCUUCAGAUGUCUUAGGGAAAAGUCUUGCUGACUUGCAGAUACAAUUCAGUGAAAUGCUGACACGUUCUCAGUGGGAGAAAGAGGAAGCCCAAGGGAGGGAAAGAAAACUCCAAGAAGAAAUGGCUCUGCAUCAGGAGAAGCUGGUGGAUGGACAGGAAGCGUUCAGGCAGGCCUGUGAGAGAGCGCUAGAAGCAAGGAUUAAUUUUGACAAGAGGCAACAUGAAGCAAGAAUUCAGCAGUUAGAGAAUGAGAUUCACUAUUUACAAGAAAAUCUAAAAAGUAUGGAGGAAAUCCAAGGGCUUACAGAUCUGCAGCUGCAGGAAGCUGAUGAAGAGAAGGAGAGAAUUCUAGCCCAACUCCAGGAGUUAGAGAAGAAGAAGAAACUUGAAGAUGCCAAAUCUCAGGCACAGGUUCUAGGUUUAGAUAAAGAAUUGAAGAAACUAAAGAAGGCUGUGGCCGCCUCUGAUAAGAUAGCCACAGCUGAGCUCACCAUCGCCAAAGACCAGCUCAAGUCCCUUCAUGGAACUGUUAUGAAAAUUAACCAGGAGCGUGCAGAGGACCUGCAGGAAGCAGAGCGGUUCAGCAGAAAGGCAGCACAGGCCGCGAGGGAUCUGACCCGAGCGGAAGCGGAGAUCGAACUCCUGCAGAACCUCCUCAGGGAGAGAGAGGAGCAGAUGGAGAAGGUAGAGGCAGGCACCCGAGGAGCAAGCUCACAGGCGCUGGAAAUCGAGAGGUGGAAUGAGACCAUGGAGAGACAGAGGAGCGAGAUCGCAAGGCUACGGGACUCACUAGACCGUACCGGGGCGGAUAACAGAGGAGGCAUUGAAAAUAUUUUGGAAGAAAUAGCUGAACUCCGACGUGAAGUUUCUUACCAGAAUGAUUACAUCAGCAGCAUGGCAGAUCCUUUCAAAAGACGAGGCUAUUGGUACUUUAUGCCACCACCAUCAUCAUCAAAAGUUUCCAGCCACAGCUCCCAGGCCACAAAGGACUCUGGUGUCGGGCUGAAGUACGCAGCCUCGACUCCUAUUAGAAAACCACAGCAGAACGGGAGGGAAGACGGUGCCCCUCCAGCUGCCUCCGGAUACUGGGUGUAUUCCCCCAUCAGGAGCGGCUUACAUAAAUCGUUUUCAAAUAAAGAUGCAGACAGUGGAGGAGAGAGCCGGGAGGAGAGCGAGCUGGAUGACCACGAUGACCGCCCGUUCGUCCCUCCUCCUGGAUACAUGAUGUACACCGUGUUCCCCGACGGCUCUCCUGUACCACAGGGCAUGGCCCUCUACGCACCGCCGCCUCCCUUGCCCAACAAUAGCCGACCUCUCAGCCCUGGCACUGUUGUGUAUGGCCCGCCCCCUGCUGGUGCCCCCAUUGUCUACGGGCCCCCACCGCCCAGCUUCUCCGUCCCCCUCAUCCCAGUGGGCGUGCUGCACUGCAACGUCCCGGAGCACCAUGCCUUAGAGAAUGAGGUUUCUAGAUUGGAAGACAUAAUACAGCAUUUAAAAUCAAAGAAGCAGGAACAGAGGAUGAGAGUAUGCAAGCGGCAGUCUGAGAAAGAAAUAGAAGAACUGCAUCAUAAUAUUGAUGAACUUUUGCAAGAGAAGAAAGACUUAGAGCACGAAGUAGAAGAAUUACAUAGAACCAUCCAGAAACAUCAACAGCGAAAAGACUUCAUUGAUGGAAAUGUUGAGAGUCUUAUGAAUGAACUAAAAAUAGAAAAAUCACUCAAGCACCAUGAAGAUAUUGUAGAUGAAAUUGAGUGCAUCGAGAAGACUCUCCUGAAACGUCGAGCAGAGCUCAGGGAGGCUGACCGACUGCUGGCGGAAGCCGAGAGUGAACUUUCACGCACAACAGAGAAAACAAAAAAUGCUGUUGAAAAGUUCACUGAUGCCAAGAGGAAUUUGUUGCAAACUGAGAAAGAUGCUGAGGAGUUAGAAAGGAGAGCUCAGGAAACAGCUGUUAGCCUUGUCAAGGCUGAUCAACAGCUCAGAUUGUUACAGGCGGACACAAAGGAUUUGGAGCAGCACAAAACUGAGCAAGAAGAGAUCUUGAAAGAGAUAAACAAAGUUGUUGCAGCAAAAGACUCAGACUUCCAGUGUUUAAACACGAAGAAGGAGAAGCUAACAGAAGAGCUGCAGAAGCUGCAGAAAGACAUCGAGACGGCAGCGCGCACGGAGGAUCACCACCUGCAGGUCCUGAGAGAGUCGGAGGCCCUCCUGCAGGCCAAGAGAGCGGAGCUGGACAAGCUGAGGAGCCAGGUAACGAGUCAGCAGCAGGAGAUGGCUGUCUUGGACAGACAGCUGGGGCAUAAGAAGGAGGAGCUGCAUCUACUCCAGGGAAGCAUGGUCCAGGCCAGAGCUGACCUCCAGGAAGCGCUGAGGCUGGGAGAAACUGAAGUAACUGAGAAGUGCAACCACAUCAGGGAACUAAAAGGUCUUCUGGAAGAACUGAGUUUUCAGAAAGGAGAACUGAAUGUCCAGAUUAGUGAGAAAAAAAAUCAACUUUCACUUAUAAAGCAAGAAAUUGAAAAAGAGGAAGAAAAUCUUCAGGUAGUUUUAGGGCAGAUGUCUAAACAUAAAACUGAACUUAAGAAUAUUCUGGACAUGUUGCAACUUGAAAACAAUGAGCUGCAAGCUUUGAAGCUACAGCAUGAGCAAAAGAUGUCUGAGUUAGAGAAGGCUCAGGUUGAAGUGCUGGAGGAGAAACUGGAGUUGGAGAAUUUGCAGCAGACAGCCCUGCGACAGAAAGGGGAGAUCGAGUGGCAGAAGCAGCUCUUAGAGAGGGACAAGCGAGAGAUUGAGCGGAUAACUGCUGAGACCCGAGCAUUGCAGUUGUGUGUUGAGUCUUUGUGCAAACAAAAGGAAGAUCUUGAGGAGAAAUGUGACAGCUGGGAGAAGAAGCUGGCACAGACCAAACGGGUUUUAGCAGCCACAGAAGAGAAUAGCAAAGCAAAGCAAUCAGACUUAGAAAAGUUGGAAUUGGAUAUCAGAAAACUGGAACAGGAACUAGACCAGCUAAACAGAAACAAACUCUCACUGCACAGAGACAUCGCGGCCAUGCAGCAGCAGGUCCAAGAAAAACGAGAAGCAGUAAACUCAUUACAGGAGGAACUAGCUGAUGUCCAAGCCCAUUUGAACCUAGCGAAACAGGACCUGCUCCACACCACCAAGCGCCAGGAUGUCCUGCUUGGCGAGCAGACCAGGCUGCAGGAGGACCUCCAGGAACGCAGAAAGAAGUUGGAAGUCUGCCAAAAAGAAGAGGCAACAAAGCGGCAGCACCUGCAAGCGCUUCAGACGGAGAUGGAGGCGAACGAGGCCGAGCUGGCCCGGCAGGAGACGGUACCGCACCCGCGGGCACGCGCGGGGGGGCACUGCCACGCGCGGAGCGCUCUUCCCCUGGGGUCUGAGGUGGAGGCGAACGAGAGCGAGCUGGCCCGGCAGGAGACGACAUUUCAGAGACUCCAGAAAGAGAGAGAAAGUGAAGAAAAAAAGUUAGAAGCCAGUCGAGCGACCCUGCAGGAGCAGCAGCAGCAGCUGGAAAAGGAAAUCGCAGACCAGAAGAACGUGCUGGACCAGGUGCUCAGCCAGGUGCUGGGGGCCAAGGAGCGCGCCAGGACUCUGCAGCAGGAGGAGAGGUGGGGUGAGACCCUGGAGAAGACGCUCUCCCAGACCCAGCAACAGCUCUCAGAACGGGAGCAGCAGUUGUUGGAAAAGUCAGCUGAGCUGCUGGCUCUUCAGAAAGAGGCAGACUCGAUGAGGGCAGACUUCAGCCUCUUGCGAAACCAGUUCUUGACGGAGAGGAAGAAAGCCGAGAAGCAGGUAGCCAGCCUCAGGGAAGCGCUCAAGACCCAGCGCAGCCAGCUGGAGAAGACCCUUCUCGAGCAGAAGCAGGAGAACAGCUCCAUGCAGAAGGAGAUGGCGACUAUCGAGCAGGUGGCGCAGGACAACCACGAGCGGGCCCGGCGCCUGAUGCGGGAGCUCAGCCAGAUGCAGCAGGAGUACGCGGAGCUCAAGAAGCAGAUGGUAAACCAGAAAGAUCUGGAAAGAAGACAAGUAGAAAUCAGUGAAGCGAUGAGGACACUUAAGUCUGAAGUGAAAGACGAGAUCAGAGCCAGCCUGAAGAACCUCAACCAGUUUCUCCCGGAGCUGCCAGCAGACCUGGAGGCCAUUCUGGAAAGGAGCGAACACCUAGACGGAGGGCUGGAGAGCUUGAAGGAGAACUUUCCAUUCGCCCUGAGUGAGAAGCCAUCACCUUUGGAAGAGAAACUACAUUUUUCUCGCGUUCACAUAAUGGAUGAGCACUGGCGUGGAGAAGCGCUCCGGGAGAAGCUGCGGCACCGUGAGGACCGACUCAAGGCCCAGCUCCGACACUGUAUGUCCAAGCAGGCAGAGGUGUUAAGCAAAGGGAAGCGGCAGACCGAGGGCACGUUACACAGCCUGAGGAGGCAGGUCGACGCCUUAGGGGAGCUGGUCACCAGCACGUCUGUGGAGUCCACGUCGUCAGCCACUCUGUCUCAGCUCGAAUCUUCCCUUGCAGAGGACUCCCAUCUUGGACCAAGUCAGAGCUCCUUCCAUCAAGUUCCACAAGGUCCAUCACAAUCAGUAGACAGUUACCGACACUGAUGCUGUCCUCAGCUUCCUGCUCACAGGGACAAGUGGCUCAGCCAGAUGGAGGAAGACUGUCUUGCCUAAAUAUGAGGAAAUAACCUUCUCCACUACCUCACGAACUUCAUUAGAAUGCCACUUGGUUUUUAUCAAGAUCCAGUCAAUUCAGAUGCUGUAAACUCCACUGUAGCUUAUUCCACUUCUACAGCAACUCUCAGUGUUUUUGUAAGUCACCUGUACAUAUGGGAAUAUUGUAUACUAUUUAAACCAGGGUCUUACAUGGCUGAGGGUUUUCUUUUUUUUAACCUUUGAAAUGCAUUAUUAUAAAACCAGUGCUGAUCUGAAUCUAUAAACUGGUAAAAUCUAUAGUUAGGUUAAAAACAACAUGCUUAGGCUCCUCUUUAUUUAUAGUGCCAAAAGUUAUUUUUGGAUUUUGUUUAAAAUCUAUUUUCAUAUGAAAAUAAAAGAUAAAAUAAA